AAAAAGAUAAAGAAGAAGAUGAGCGAGAUAAGAAGAUUAGAGAGUUAGAGAAGAAAGUUAAGGAGUAUGAAAAUUUUUUAGAAGUAAAAGGAGUAGAUGUAGUUUAUGAGAUGAUGAUGGGUUAUAAAAAUAGUGUAGAGAAAAAGAAAAUCAAUUAG